GAGUGCUGGGAGCCCGCAGCCCUGGAGCAGCUGUCCGCACGUUUAUUUCCUUCUCCCGUAGUAGUAGCAGGUGGCGGCCGAUCCAUGCGGGAGGAAGGGAGCCCGGUGCCCACCUGCCACUUCUUCAUGCUGCCUCCGCCAGGGUGCCGCCUCUAAUAUGCUCACUCGGAUGAAAUCUGCCGUGGCCAAUUUCAUGGGAGGAAUCAUGGCAGGCAGCUCCGGCUCCGAUCAUGCCAACGGCUCGGAGUUACCUAUGAGGUUUCCUUACGUCAGACCGGAGUUCCUGGGGCUGUCGCAGGACGAGGUGGAAUGUUCGGCCGACCAUAUCGCAAGACCGAUCCUGAUCCUGAAGGAGACUAAGAGAUUGCCUUGGAGCACCGGCUACGCGGAGGUGAUAAAUGCGGGCAAGAGUACACACAAUGAAGAUCAGGCAAGCUGUGAAAUUAUGUUUGUGAAGAAGAAAACUGGAGUACAGUCCACUCCCAACAAAUCCUCAAACAAGCGAAGAUCAUCUCUACCAAAUGGAGAAGGCCUACAACUGAAGGAAAACACGGAAGCUGAUGGAAUCACAUUUCAGUACUGGGCACUGUUUGAUGGACAUGCAGGAGCUGGAGCUGCUGUUGUAGCAUCUAAGCUUCUUCAUCACCACAUUGUAGAACAACUACAGGACAUUAUAGAUAUCUUGAAGAACUCAGCAGUUUUACCUCCCACCUGUCUGGGAGAGGAUCCCGAAACAACAUCCACCAAUAGUAGGACUCUGACUAGGGCUGCAUCAUUACGUGGCGCUGCAGGGGCACCAGGCUCGCCAAGCACACCCCAGACCCGAUUCUUUACAGAGAAAAAAGUUCCACACGAGUGUCUUGUCAUUGGAGCUCUUGAAAAUGCAUUUAAGGAAAUGGAUCUGCAAAUUGAGCGAGAAAAGAGCACUUACAAUAUAUCUGGAGGCUGCACGGCACUUAUUGUUGUAUACUUACUGGGGAAAAUUUAUGUCGCCAAUGCUGGGGACAGCAGGGCCAUAAUUAUCCGAAAUGGAGAAAUCAUUCCUAUGUCUUCAGAGUUUACACCAGAAUCGGAGCGUCAGAGACUUCAGUACCUAGCUUUUCUGCAGCCACAUCUACUCGGAAAUGAGUUCACGCACUUAGAAUUUCCAAGAAGAGUGCAACGUAAGGAACUGGGCAAGAUGAUGCUUUACAGGGAUUUUAAUAUGACUGGCUGGGCUUACAAGACCAUUCAAGAGGAAGAUUUAAAGUUUCCUUUAAUAUAUGGAGAAGGAAAAAAGGCCCGUGUGAUGGCAACAAUUGGUGUAACCAGAGGACUUGGUGAUCAUGAUUUGAAAGUCCAUGAUUCGAAUAUUUAUAUUAAACCAUUUCUGUCUUCAGUUCCUGAGGUACGAGUUUAUGACCUUUUGCAAUAUGAACACGGUGCAGAUGAUGUGCUGGUCUUGGCAACAGAUGGCCUUUGGGAUGUCUUACUAAAUGAAGAAGUGUCUGAAGCUCUUACAAAUUUCCUAGCAUGCUGUGAUCCUGAUGACCCUCACAGGUACACGCUGGCUGCUCAGGACCUGGUGAUGCGUGCUAGAGGUGUCCUGAAAGACAGAGGUUGGAGAAUAUCCAAUGACAGGCUGGGGUCAGGAGAUGACAUCUCGGUGUACGUCAUCCCAUUAAUACAUGGCAAUAAACUGACAUGAAGGAAGCAACUUCAAGUGCAGGGAAUGUUUAAUUUGUACUGUUAAUAUGUUGGGAUAAAUAACAUAUGUAGAAAUGUCACUACUGAAAUAAGGCAGCACAAUCCCCUUAGUUGUGCAUUUGGGACCUCAGAGCAUAUGUAAAUGCUGCUACUGUCAUAUGAUUUCUUGUGUUGUCCUCUGAAGACCCGAAACCUGUUUUUAUUAUGUUGUCAUGUAGUCGUCAAGAUUAAAGUACUGUCAGUAAAAAGUGCUUAUUUGCACAGAAGUUCCAGAUCUAGACCUCUCCAAUAAGUUUACCUUCAGUUAUAAAUCGGAAUUCAUAGUAUGCUGUUAGAUUGCUAUUAUUCAUCAUUUGUUUCUGUGUGAUAUACCAGCAAGGUUUCCAUAGGUUCAUUAACCAGCUAAAAAUAGGGGACCUUUGGCUAGGGUUUAAAAUAUAAAAUAUAGAUCUAUCCAUGAGGAGCUCUAAAUGAAGAAUGUAAUUUGCUAUAUUGUUUUAUAUAAUGUAGAUAAUGAUAUUAUAUGUACAUUUGUAAUAAACAUUGGUUAAAAAAAUGUUUUGGGGUGAAAAAAUCCUGGCUUGUCCAAGCAGCUAUUGCCUAUGUGUCUGUGCAAAUACAAAAUACAGGAAGUGAGAGCGGACAAGCAGGACUCUGUGACACAUCUCUGGCUCACACAGCAGGCUGAUUGACAUGCCACAGGCAUUCACAGGGUCCUGCUUGUCCCGCCCACACUUCCUGUAUUUUGUAUCUGCACAGAGACACACAGGCAAAAGCAGCAGAGACAAGCCAAUAUUUUAUCACCCACAAAUAUACAUAUUUUGUAACCAUUGUAUAUUACAAAUAUUCAUAUAUUGUCAUUAUCUAAAUUAUAUAUAAAAAAAAAAGAUUUUGCAAAUGACAGGUACACUUUAAAUGGGUACA